ACCCUCCACAUCCCUCAAACUCUAAUAAGAUCAUUUGAUGGGAGGCUCGCGGGGAGCCUUUGUCAAGUUGACUUUGUCCAUGCCUUGUUUCAAUGUUUUGCAUGCACUCUUGCCGAAGCCACAUGUCCUCGAGGAGCUCCGCUUGGCAGUAUCUUUUUUAGACACAGAACCGGCCCCAUCGAAGCAAAUGCAGCUUCUUGCUCCUGCCAGGUUGGUCCAGCUAGGCCUCUUUUUGUAUGCCCUCCUCUUUGCAGGAAAUUUGGCAUGGACAAUUCAAAGGUGGCAAAGAGGCAGCUUGACAAUCCUCCACAGUCACUCCAGAGCACACGAGGUCCCCCAUUCCAAGCGCGAACGAAUGCUCAAGCGGCCCACUGAUACCUUUGCACGGCCUACCGGGCGAAGGCUGAGGGAUGCUGAGGGACAAACACAAUUUUUUUCUUGCAGCACCUACCACAGGGAACUAUCCGGUGUCACAGCGAAACCCCAAAUUCACUCAUUGGAGAUCUAAACUGAAAAGAUCCAGGACCAGCAAGCACUUGCUGGCACAACUGACGGAGGCUGUUCGUAGAGAUGAAGUGGAUGCAAGUGUGAUUGGUGCAGCAAUGCAAAAAUGUGGACAUGAUCGUUGGUGGAAGCCUCUGCUAGAGGUAAACCGCAUUCGCAUAAACUAAACUGCGACAUCAGCUGGACAUUCUUGCUGAACAGCAUACUCUUAAGUGCUUUGGCAUCCUGCUUGAAAGAUAGAAGCCUGAGCCAAGAAAUCAUGAGCAAGAGGAUGAAAGCAGGGCUUGCUUUGGGGAAGGAAGUUUGGAAGAACAUCCCUGCUCCCUCAAACGAUAGGGAGUACAAUAUUGCUCUCAGCAGUGCUUUCAGCUUUUGCGCAGGCAUUGGAAGAGAAGCUUUACCAUGGGCGUCUGACAUUUUACAAUGGUCAGCAUCAUGUCCUUUCCAAGCGAAUGUUAUGGCCUACACCCCUAUGUUGUCACUCUACGAGCGCUGUGGGUACUAUACGAAAGUCGACGAGUUGCUGACCCAGAUGGUUUCGGAAAAUCAGAUGCCGAACGAAGUUACCCUGGGUGAUUUGAUCAAUGCCGCGGCCAGCUCAUUUGAUUUCAAAAGGGCUGACCAGCUGUGGGACAAGUUGGUGAAGCAGCACAGGAUCAUUCCAAAUGUCAUUUGUUACGUCGGAAAGGCCAAAGUGCACAUUCUGGCCGGCAGACCCCUGUCAGCGAUUCAGAUUUUGGAUAGGAUGCGAGUUGAAGGGGUAGGUGCAAACGAUACGAACGCGGCAGUUGUGUAUUUGCAAGCGCUGCUGCUCACUUGCCAUUCGGAUCCCAGCAAGCCUCGUUUGAAGCAGCUCUCAACAUACUUGGCAGAAGCUGAAAGAACAGUCGCCGGAAGGAUGACAACAGCUGGCAAGCAAAUGCAAGGGCAAUGGUUUACUAUGACAAAGUUGGGGCGCAAUCUUGUCAAGUCUCCACGUUCUGUGAUGUUUGCAGACCUGCUUGUGUACGGUAACGCGAAGCAUGGUAUGAUGAAGACUUGGCCAAACUACCAGGCUGGCUCCCAGUACUUGUCCAAGAUGGAUCAAUAAGUUUGAGAUUGUUCAGACCAGCGGUGAAGUUCCGCAACCAUUUCCAGACGUGCAGCUCCC